AACCCUCAUAAUACGGCCAUUCCCACAAAGCUGAAGAAGAAGAAGAAGAAGAAGACGACGACGACGACGACGACGGGGAGGAUAUCAUACAACUUUAUCCCUUGAUAGCGUCUGACAGUUCCUCCCUAGAUAUGGCUGAGAACAAAGGGGUUUUGCCUCCACCGCACGAUUUGAAUGCCAAGUGGGACGCUUGUCUUGAUUUGACGCUGCGUCGAUUCGUUUACUCUUCCUUGGCUGGUGCAUUUGGUGGUCUCCUUUUCUUCAGGAGUCCGGUGACUCGUUGGGCUUCUAUAGCUUUUGGUGCUGGAUUGGGCAUUGGAUCAGCAUACACAGAUUGUAAUUCCUUAUUUGAAGGUUCCACCGCAAAAUUCGCAUCUCCCAAAAUCACAGAGGCUCAGCCUUCACAGGUGAAAUCACGUUUUCUUUUACAGUAAAAUCAUCUCCUUGAAUUUUUCUGUUUAAUAUGAUAUUAUUUGAUCAUCUUUAGAUUCUGAUUUAAUUUUUCUGGAGAGAUUGAUUCUUAUGUGUUUAUAUUGAUUUCUUUAUAUAUAUAUAUAUAUGGACUAUGUUAUGGUCAAGAAUUAAUUUAUUUUGUUGUAAGGGCUAGAAGUAUUAAGCGUGUGCGAUUGUAAAUUAUCAGAAUCCAGACAUUAGAUCAUACUUAUUAGGAGUUGUGUGAUCUAGAAAUUACUUGUUAGGACUUAGUAAUUUUGCAAAGAGAGCCUAUGGGACUUUUUCAACAAAAUCUUUAAUCUACGUCAUUACCUAGUUACUAAGAUUAUAAAUUUGCAACCCAUAUAUCUGUUUUAGUCAAUGAAAAAUUGAAGGUUCAAAAUUUCCAAAGAUGCCAACUUUUUGGUUAACCUUUUUUGUUUGGUAGGGUGUUUGUGUUGUAUAUAUGUCUGACACACACACUUCAAACAUGCGUUUGACAAGCAAAAAAGAAGUAUCGUACUUUUUUGUUGUUUUUUUAUUUCAAUUUCGAACCCUUAGGACAUGUUUGGAAUUGGAUCAUAGGGGACACUCUCAAACACAUCAACCUGAAAACAUGGAUAGGUGGCGCACCUUUUUUUUUUUCCUGUUUGUUUCAGAGCUGUUUUGCCAGGGUGUACUAAACUUUGAGAAAGGGAAAAAUGUCUAACCUUAUUCCUUACUACAUUUCCAGGAAGCAUGUACAAUUUGUUUUUGACAAAGUGUAUAUGUUGGAUAUUCCACCUUUUUUUUAAAAAAAAUAAUAAUAAAUUGGACAUGUGGCAGACACACCAUAUUAACAUUUAAAUGGUACAUAAAAAAAAAAUCCAAACCUUCCAAGCGGUCAACAAUAGAUUGUGUUGGUCAUAAGAGGUUGGCAACAAAACAAUGGUGUUGGUUGAAGCGGUUACGAAGUUGAUUGGAGGUAGUAGUAUUGGGUUAAAGUGGGCUCAUAUGACUCAUUGGGGUUUUCUACUAUUUAAAUUCUAAUCUAAAUUCAAUGGCCAUUUAAAUCUCCAUUCAUGUUUUUUUUUUUAAUUUGUAAUAGCUAGUAAAAAAAAAAAAACUAAAGUACUUUGAGUUUGGUCUUUUAAUAUUGUUUUAAAAUUUUAAAGAAAAUAACUGGUCCCUAAUCUGUUUGUGUCCUACUCCUACUCCUACAUUUUUUGUAAUUUGUAUGUCAUUGUGUUCAUGUCGUGUCGUGUCUAUGUUCGUGCUUCUUUGCUAUAUGCCAUUGCCCAACCCAUUACAUGUGAUCAAUCAUAAAAUAUAACCCAACACUAAAUUCACAUUUGAAAGUCUAAAAGGGGGAAGGGAGGGUCCAUGAUACCAAUUUUAUAAGCACUUUUAAACAUUUGAUGUUAAAUUUAUGUAUCUUAUCUAUUUUGGAGUAUCAAAUCUGCUACUAUGGCUAGAGAUGGUGUGUUGCUGGUAAUUUUAAAAUGGAUCAUUCCCCAAGAGAGAGGUUCUGGUGGGAGGGUGACGAAGUCGAUGUCUCUUUAAUGACUUUAUUGAGGGUGGCAACCUUUUUGGUCUUUCUCUUUCGAAUGGUAAGUUUACUUGGGUUAAUAGUAGUUGGGAAGGUUCUCAUUUUAUGAGGAAACCAAGAGUGCUAAAAGCAACUUGAAGGUCUUGGAAUAGAGAGGUUUCUGGAGAUGUCUAAAUCAAAAAGCAAGAAAUCCUUAAUAGAAUUGAGGAGAUUGAUUUGAAGGAGUUGGAGGGUCUUUUGGAUCCUGCUUUGAAAGGCAGAGGGAUUCUCUUAGAGGGGGAGUAUGCUGAUUUGAUAAGGGAGAAUAUUAAUUGGAGCCAAAAGAUGAAAGCGGAGUGGUUUGAGGAUGGGGAUUGUAAUUGUGCUUUUUUCUAUAGGGUGGCUAGUAGAAGGAGAAAUAAGAAAUCCUUUGGUUAAGGGCCAUGGGAGAGAACAAGUAGUGACAAGGAGGUGGAAGAGGAGGUUCUGUUGGUUUUAUCUAACCUUUAUAGCCCCAUUGUGAUGCCAAAACUGUUUAUUCAAGGUAUUGAUUGGUGCCUUAUUUUGCCUAGGGAGGGAGAAGAGUCGGUGGUGCCAUUUUCUUUGGAAGAAAUUAGGAAAGCAAUUUUGGGGAGUUAUAGGAGUAAAUCUCUAAGUCUAGAUGGUUUCUCCAUGUCUUUUUUCCAAGGUAACUAGAAUCUUCUAAAGGGGGAUUUGGAAAUUGUUUUUGAAGAAUUCUCUUUGAAAGAGGCAUUAUGAAUUGUUCCUUCUUGGAAACCUUUGUGUGCCUUAUUCCUAAGAAGGAGCACACAGAUAGGGUUAAGUGGUCUCUCUUCUUUCCUUGAUUGAGGUUUUUAACUUUAGGAUUGGGAGAAGGGAUGCUUGUGUUUGGUGUCCUAACCCUUUGGAGUGCUUUUCUUACAAUUCAUUCUUUAGGAUUCUUUUGCAUCUCUCUCCUAUUGUUGAGUCAGUCUUUGAUGUUAUAUGGAAAAUUAGAUUCCAAAGAAAGUUAAGUUAUUUUCUUGACAGGUUUUGCUUGGUCAUCUGAAUACGAUGGAUAGGCUUAUGAUAAAGAUGUUGUUGGGUCCUUUUUGUUGUAUCAUUUAUCGGGAGGCGGGGGAAGCUCUUAUAGCUAAUGAUGGAUAGGCUUAUUGCUGGGUGUUAGAUUCUUGGCCAAGCUCUUAUAGCUAAUGAAGCUACUGAGGAUUAUAGACAUUUGAAGAGAGAGUAAUUUUGAAAAUAGACUAUGAGAAAGCCUGUGAACAUGUUGAUUGGAAAUUCUUGUAUAAGGUGUCGGAGAAGAAAAGGGUUUGAUUACCAAUGGAGGCUGUGGAUGUGGAGUUGUAUAAGAAAUGUGAGUUAGUCCUAUCCUAUUCAUGGUUGUCUGAAGGGGAAAACCAAGGCCACUAGAGGUCUAAGAUAGGAUGACCCUCUAUCCCCUUUUCUCUUAUUGCUAGUUUUUGAUAUUCUGAGUAGGAUCAUGUCUAAAGGUGUUCAAGGUUACAUUAUUGAAUCUUUAGAGGUUGACAGGAAGAAAGUUGCCUCAUCCCAUAACCAAUUUGUUGAUUACAUGAUCUUCUGAUUUGGCAAGGUGGAUUCGUUUUUGUUGUUGAAUCACGUUUUUGCCUAUUUUGAGGCUAUGUCAAGGCUAAGGAUUAACGAGGGCAAAUGUUGAAUAAUGGAGAUUAAUUGUGAAGCAAAGACGUUGGGUAAGUGCUAUGGGUUGGUGGGUUAUGAUGUAGGUUUCUUCCCUUUUAUGUAGUUAGGUCUCCCUCUAGGUGGCAACUUGAAGACUAGUUCUUUUUGGAAUCGGUGGUUGAUAAGGUUAGAAAGUUUGGCAUCAUGGAAGAAAUGAUUGACGCUUAUUCAUUAUGUGCUGAGUGGUCUCCUCAUUUACUAUUUCUCUUUGUUCAGACCCUUGCUUGGUUUGUAAGGAUUUAGAGAAGCUCAUGCAUAACUUCCUUUGGUAGGGUGGAAGAAAGCAAGAGGCACAUUUGGUGAGAUGGGAGGUUGUUGAGAAGCAUGUGAGUUUGGGGGUUUAGCAAUUGGGAAUUUAAGGACUUGCAAUGAAACCAUGUUGGCUAAAUGGUCGUGGCGUUUUCUCCUUGAGCCUAAGACCUUUGGCAUAGGGUCAUUGUUAUCAAGUAUGGGCUUCACCCUUUUGAUUGGCUAUCAGAUAGUGUGAGAGAUACUUUUCAAAAUCCGUGGAAAGAUAUUUAUCUUUGAGCUCCCUUUCUCUCACUUGGUUCAUUGUGUGGUGGGGGAUAAACCCCUCUACUGCGUGUUUCUUUGUCUCUAUCAUGGGUCAUCCUUUAAAAACCACUUGGUGGUUGAUUUUUGGUCUGGUUCGAGAGUAUUUCCCCCUAGCUUAUGGCAUAUAUUGACUUAUAAAGAAGUGGUGGAUGUUUGAGCUCUCCUAUAUUUGAUAGGGGAGGUUGACUUUAGGUUGGGAAGAAAUGAUUCACAUUUGGAGUAGUAACCCUUUGGGUGGGUUUUCUUGUGAUUCCUUCUUUCGUCGUUUAUUGGGCUCUUCUCUUGUCAGUGAAUCUUUUUUUCUCCUCUAUGAAAGAAUAAAGAUUCCAUAGAAGGUUAAGUUCUUUGCUUGGCUGGUGUUACACGAUUAAGCUAAUACUUUGAAUUAGCUUGCUAGGAAAUCUCCCUUGUUAGUUGGCCCAUGUUGUUGUAUUCUUUGUCAAAAGGUAAAGGAAGACUUGAAUCAUAUUCUUUGGAGGUAGGUGCAAGUAUGUGAGAUUGGUUUGGAGUAGUUUCUUCCAGGCAUUUGGUUUUAGGCUUGCCUGUCAUAUAAGAAGCACAAACACUCCUAAAAUGGCCAGGCCGGUGUCGGAUACCAUGCUAAUUGGCAUGUUUAUUGUUUUAUUAUUAAAUUUGUAAUGUCUGUCACGGCAGGACACACCCUCGACACGGUCAGACACGGCAGGCAACACCUCAGGACAUGACAAGUUUCAAUCUAAAAAAACAAUUGAAACGUUGCAUUUUUUAUCUUGCUGAGCAAUGACGAAGGGGGGUAUCAGCAUCGAGAACUUUGACAGUGGUGGUGAAAGUUGAUAAGAAUCGAGGAGGAAGGGAGAAAAAGCAGAAUCGGAGAGGAGAGAUGAGGGGGUUGUGUGUGGGUGUCAAAAAGAGAACAGUGGGGGAAAAAGGAAACAUCAUUAAGGUUGGGGUUUUUACACUUAAAUGGGCUUUUGGGCUUUUUUACAUUCUUUCCACGUUGGGUCUCUUUUAAAUGGGUUUUUGACUUUUCUCUUUUAAAUGUCCUUUCCUUCUUUAUUAUUAUUAUUUUUUGAAUUUCUUCUUUAUUAUUUAUUUUUUUAAAUAACAUUAUUUUUAAUAAUUAAUAAAAAAAAUGGAAGUAUUUUAGGUUUGAUCUUUUAAUAUAUAUAUAUAUAUUAAAAAAAAAUAAAAACUAUUGUCCUGAAUGAGUUGUGUCCUACCUUUUCUAAAAUUGGUGUGUCAUCAUGUCGUAUCCUUUGUCCCGUGUCCGUGUCCGUGUCCGUGCUUCUUAGUCAUAAGGUUUCUAAUAGUACGACUGGAGAGUUCCUCCUUGAUUUUCCUUUUUGUGGCAAGUACCUGCUCUUGUAGCUUUUUCGGGGGUGUGCAAUUCGUGGAUCCUUGGGGUGGAAGGAAUGGUAAAAUUCUUGGAGGUUUGGAGAGGGCCCCUUUGGAUGUUUGGUCUAGAUUUUAUGUUUCUUUUUUAGCUUUGGUUUCAAAGAGCUUUUGUAAUUAUUCUAUGGGUUCUAUUCUGCACUAUUGUAGCAAUUUCCUUGAAUUGGCUUUCCUUUUGAGGUUUUUUUUCCCUCUCAAUGAAAGUUAUUUCAUUAUAAAAAAAAGGUUAAAAUAAAGUAUCUCCAACUUGUCUGUGCCCUACAUUUCUAGAAAUUGUCUUGUUGCCAUGUCUGUGCUUCUUUGGUUUUAGGUGUCUUGGUGGUCUUAUAUUGUCGGCUUGUCCCCCCCCCAAAAAAAAUACAUCCCAUGUUUAUUCCUAUCCUUGUUUAUGCAGCCUUGGCACCUCUUUUAUUUGUAGAUCAUCCAGAAGUUUUGUAUUAGCUAUUCAGUGGAUUAACUUUCUUGAUGCCUUUACAACAGAAUAACAACUUUUUUAGCAAUACUGAAUCCUCGCACUAUAUGGUGAUAGGUGUCCAAAUAGUCUUGUCAACAGCGUUAGUAGUAGUACAAUAUUGAGAAUAUUAUUUGGAGUUUGUUUGAGUUGAGGGUUAUAAAUAGGAGUUCGGGUUUUGGAAGGGAACUGUAGUUCUGGGAAUAGUGUUGUGCGAGAGAGAUUGCCCUCCCUUAAAAGGUUAUAUUAACCGAUCUGUUUUUCUUUUUAAUAUGUUAUAAGUAUAAUUUGUCUCGUUUCUUAUUUUUGACAAGAGGAAAAAGAUGGGAUUGAGACUUGCGACCUAUAAAGCAUGGGUAAGCAAAAUAUAUAUGUUUCUAGACUUGGGACCUUAAAUUGUGUUCAAUUUGUAUAUAUAUAUAUAUAUAUGUUUUUCUUA